GUCUAAUAUUUGACUGCACUUACCCCUGUCAUCCUAUCAUCCUGUCAGCACUUUAAUCCUUCUCGUCUCCAAUCAUUCAACUAUUCCAAUACACCUACCCACACACACAAAUAAAAAAUGAGCCUCCCAACCACCUACAAAGCGGCCGUGGUCCCCGCCCCGCACGCCCAGCACACCAUCGAGGACCGCUCCCUGCCAGCCCUCGAGGCCAACCAGGUGGCCAUCAAGAUCACCGCCACGGCCGUGAACCCAGUGGACUGGAAGAUCCGGGACUACAACGUGUUUCUGAAGUCGUACCCGGCGGUGCUGGGCUCCGACGCCGCGGGCGAGAUCGUGGCGGUGGGCAGCAACGUCUCGAGCCACACCGUCGGCGACCGCGUCUUUUUCCAGGGCAUCAUCGGCAACUACCCGGCCUCGACCUUCCAGCAGUACUGCGUGAUGCCCGCCGAGCUGGUCUCCCACACGCCCCGCAACAUCUCCGACGACCAGGCCGCGGGCAUCAGUCUGGCGUCGCUGGCCGUCGUCACGGGCUUCUACGACAAGACGGGCCACGCGAUCGGCCCCGCGCCCUGGGCCGAGGGCGGCGCCGAGGCCGGCAAGGGCAAGGCGAUCGCCAUCCUGGGCGGCUCCUCCAGCGUCGGCCAGUAUGCGAUCCAGUUCGCGCGGCUGUCCGGCUUCGAGCGCAUCAUCACCAACGCCGGCGCGGCGCAUCAGGAGUUCUUGAAGGGGCUGGGCGCGCAUGUCGUGCUCGACCGGCAGAGCGCGACCGCCCAGGACUUUGUGGCCGCGGCGGGUGAGGGCGUCAAGCUGAGCUAUGUGUAUGAUGCCAUCUCCAUCAAGGAGACGCAGAAGCUGGGUGUCGAGAUCGCCCAGGCCACCCAGGGCGCGGCGCAGGCCGUCGUGACCGUGCAGUUGGUUGACCAGGAGGCGGCCGCGCUGGGUGAGUCCAAGGAGCCCAAGGUGGCGGUCAAGCAGAUUCUCGGGCUGGGUAGCUCCCCCGCCCUGCGGCAUGUGAGUGAGCCCAUGGUCAAGGCUCUCGGUGGUGAGGACGGAUGGAUUGCCAAGGGGCUGUUUGUGCCAAAUCGCGUGCGUCUGAUCCCCGGUGGCAUUGGCGCGGUUGAGGAGGCGUUGAAGACGAACAAGGAGGGUGUGUCGGGUGAGAAGGUCGUUUUCCGUCCCAAUGAUGCUUAGAUGGGUGUCGUUGUUGUUUAAGCAAGAUGUAUGAUCGCUAUAAAUGUAUAAUAAUAGAUCCCUUCCGAACAUGAUCACAUAAGCUUCGAGAGGCAACGUUUCGGGCACAAUAUCGCAGCCGAAGGGGUGCGCAGCCCAAGGCGACUCGUCCAUUGCAGCAAUCCAGCAAGAAAGGUUUCAAGCUCAUCG